AUGGAUCUCCAAGGAAAGCCAAUUAACCCGGGCCCCAGAAGCACCAAGGUCACCAAUGACCCUGCUGCCAACAACCCCAUUACCGAAGCCUCUGGGCCAGUGACCAACGACUCUCUCGCCGCCGAGUCUGCCACGAAAGGUGGUGCUUUCUCCCAAAACCGUGGCGCAGAGCCUCUCGGUGUUUCUGGUGGCCAGUCUACAUUUAAAACCACAGACACUUCCGCGGCCACCAAGCUCCCAUCUGCCCCAGUUGGCUCUGCUCGCGAAGACUUGAACAGACAGGAUAAAUACCCUGAGGCCCUGGGUGGCCAGGGAGACUACCCCGGUGCCCAUCUUUCCCAGUCUGGCUACGUUGGCGGGCCCACCGCAGCCAAACAGGAAUUGAGACAGGAGCACGAAUACUCCGCCUCGCAGAAGCCCUCGCAGCCCUCCCAGGCCACUGGCAGUGGCUAUGGUCGUGGUGACGAAUUCCCCAAUGACCCCAAGUACAAUGCCAGCUUCAACUCGGACAUUGGCAGCCGGAACGACCCUGGACGCGGUGCUGAGAACAAGUUCUCGAGCACCAACUAUGAACGCGGACUUGAUGCAGGUCAAGGUCCGAGACAGAAGGGUGUCGACAACCAGCAGCCAUACGAGGCGCUGCAGCGAGACCAGAGGGCAUAA